AUGCCCUUAGAUCAGUGCCACCAGCUGCCCUCAUAUCAGUGCCACCAGCUUCCCUCAGAUCAGUACCACCCGCUGCCCUCAGAUCAGUACCACCAGCUGCCCUCAGAUCAGUACCACCUGCUGCCCUCAGAUCAGUACCACCUGCUGCCCUCAGAUCAGUACCACCAGCUGCCCUCAGAUCAGUACCACCAGCUGCCCUCAGAUCAGUGCCACCAGCUGCCCUCAGAUCAGUACCACCUGCUGCCCUCAGAUCAGUGCCACCAGCUGCCCUCAGAUCAGUACCACCAGCUGCCCUCAGAUCAGUACCACCAGCUGCCCUCAGAUCAGUACCACCUGCUGCCCUCAGAUCAGUACCACCAGCUGCCCUCAGAUCAGUACCACCAGCUGCCCUCAGAUCAGUACCACCAGCUGCCCUAA